UUUUUUUUUUAGUGACACCUAGAGUACACUUAAUAUGCAUUUGCUCCAUGGGUGAAACGGCUACCUCGGAAUUAGUAAAAAAAAAAAAAAAAAAAAAAAAGGAAGAAAGAGAGAGAGAAAGAAAGAAAAGGAACUCCACAGCCUGAACAAAAGUCUACCAGGGACGUAUGCAUGAUCGAAUCAUAAACACGCCUGAAACCGAGCAUCCCCACGCCCAUCGCAGCACCAGACAACCUUGCACGCCGCUUCGGACCUUCCCGCUCUGCGCCUGGCCACGCCCCUUCCGAGGGCGCGGUCAGAGGGGGCGUAGCCGGGCCGAGACGCCAGCGCAAGCGCCGAGCUGCGGUGACGUCGAACGGGCGCGCCAUCCCUCCGGCGUCGCCGAGGUCGACGCAGCUCAAGCCGGCAGGAUGGCGGCGGCCACGGGAGCUGGCCGUCUGAGGCGGGCGGCGUCGGCGCUGCUGCUGCGGAGCCCGCGCCUGCCCGCCCGGGAGCUGUCGGCUCCGGCCAGGCUCUACCACAAGAAGGUUGUGGAUCAUUAUGAAAACCCUCGGAACGUGGGAUCCCUUGACAAGACAUCUAAAAAUGUUGGAACCGGAUUGGUGGGGGCUCCGGCAUGUGGUGACGUCAUGAAACUGCAGAUCCAGGUGGAUGAAAAGGGGAAGAUUGUGGACGCCAGAUUCAAAACAUUUGGCUGCGGCUCCGCCAUUGCCUCCAGCUCCUUAGCCACAGAGUGGGUAAAGGGGAAAACGGUGGAGGAAGCCCUGACCAUCAAAAACACCGACAUCGCCAAGGAGCUCUGCCUGCCGCCUGUGAAACUGCACUGCUCCAGUGAGUCUGCCCCACCUGCCAGGCAGCUUGGAUCUGUUCAGAGUCUGCUGUUCCCACCCCACGGUGGCCGGGCAGCUGAGACAGGCAGCUCUUCCCCCACCCUGCGCUUCCCCAGUCUGCCUUUGCUGUCUCUGAGUGUGUCUGCAGUGCCUGAGGCCACAGUGCACUACCUACCACACUGCCCCACGAGAGCCUUCCCACACUGCUAAGCCUCUUCCAGAAAGCAGAAUGCUGGCAGAAGACGCCAUCAAGGCCGCCCUGGCUGACUACAAACUGAAGCAAGAGUCCAAGAAGGAGGAGCCAGAGAAGCAGUGAGCCCUGGAGACACUCCAGCCAGUCACAGCAGCUGCUUCCUGCCACCCUGCACAUCAAAGAAGCUACGCAAAACGCACACUAUUCACCACUUGCACAAAAUGUGCCGUUGAUUACACCUGAUCCCGUGUUCCUUUCAGCUCACGUGUGUCCUUAGUGCAGUUAGUGUCUUGAUUUAGUUUGUGGCCUGGGACUGAAAUCAGCACCGAAGUCUUAAGCUCUGGAGAGUGACAAGGACUUGUACCUGACCUGAGGUAGAUUGCCAGCAGAGCGCCUUAUGCUGGCUAUCUGAUAGGAUCUAUUACUGAGUAUUUAGCAGAUCUGCAUAUAUAUAUUAUAAUAAAAAUGUGAGACAAUGG